AUGAACAACUCAUCUCCUACCACAUUGUUGCUUCAAGACCUCAUUAGUGCACCUAACAAGGCGGAAUCUAUCUUGGAAUGUCUCACUUCUGAACAAAUCAACAUGAUUGAAAACACAAUUAGUCGAAUUAAGCGUAGAAAGAUGGACAAAUCACAUUUGCCUUCUCCUGUAGCGUCUCCUCCCACUGCAACAUUGAAGGAAGAAGAAGACAUUGUCAUGGAAAAUUCAUCUUCAGCUGCUGCGAUCGCCAAUGCUUUGGCAGCUGCCAUGGUUUCAGCCGCUUUGCAGGUUCCUGUCUCCACAGUUUCAGCCAAAAAUAACUCUAAUGCCGCUGCUUCUGCUACUGGUUCCAAUGUUGCUGCCUCCGCAACCACAGUUACCCCAGCCAAGACAGUUGCCAACAGUACCUCUGCUGCCCCUGCCGCCACUGCUCCCGUCACAUCUAAUGAUCCAAUUGCUGAAGUCAAGGAUGGUGUCGAAUGGGUCUCUUUUGUCUACUCUCACAACCGUACUCUUAAGCGUUAUUCCAUUAGAACUGAUAUCCAAAAGGUUGCAUUGGAUGUAGUCGAUGACAAAUUCAAAGCCGAGAACUGUGUCUAUCCUCGUGCUAAUCUUCCCAAGGAAACUUACAAGGGAAACCGAUGGGCUUACGAAACUGAAUGCAAUGAUUUGGGAUGGAAGCUUGCAUGGUUGAACAAAGCUGAAAUUGCAGGUAAACGUGGUUUGAUUCAACGUGCUGUUGACUCUUACCGUAACCGCUAUCCCAGCAUGAGAUCUAGACGUGUUGCUCGUCAAGAGAAGCUAUUGAAUGGUACCCUCCGCAAGAGAAAGAAUCGAGAGGAAGACGAUGAUGCCAAUGUCGCUGCUAACAACGCCGCUACCUCAAUCAACUCAGCGAACCAACAAUCUUUGGCUUGCACCUCAUUAGAAGCCGUUACAAUCAAGCCUAAUCAUCAACCAAAGACCAUCGCCAUCGAUGAUUUGAUAACCAACGCUCGUUAUCGCAUCAAGAUCAAUGUCGAAACGGUUUCAUUGGAUGAGAUUUCUCAAGAAUUCCGUAAACAAAACUGCCCCUUUCCCAGAGCAGCAGCUACUACUAACCCCGAGCAAUAUGUCGGUGGUCGUGGUAGAUGGAUGGAAGAUACGAUUUGUAAUGAGCUCUGUUGGAAAUUGGCUUAUUUGAACCCUAGAGUUUUGGCCGGAAAGAAGAAUCUGCUUCAACGUGCUUUGGACAUUUACCGAUCCAAGUUUAUGCCCUCUCUCAAGCCUCGCAAGCACUCUCCUCGUGCUGCUCCUGCUCGAGUCAUUACUACUCCUAAUGCUACCAUCGAACAACAGGAUCUCUUGAAGAUGAUGUCGACAGCAAGCACAACCGCCAUGUCUACACCUUUGACAGCAUCCGCUCUUAAUGCCCAGAAUGCCUUAUUUGACAAAAAGAAGAAGGGAAAGAACAGCACUGCCUGCGGUGACAAGACUACAGCAUCUUUCGAUUUUGGCGAUUGUUUCUCGCUGGACGAUGAAGCAGCUAACACUACCACCAAGCUUUCAUUGAAUGGACCUACUAUGACCAAUUUACCUCGUCAGACUGAUGCCGACCCUAUGAUUUCUCCUUCCUAUGAUUCUAUUUAUAACGAUGCUCGUUUCUCGCCUUUUGACGAGUCCUCCAUCAGUUGCCACACUUCCUCAUCAUCCUCGGCAAACAGUGUUGCUGCUUGUACUCCUAGCCCACCUGUCAAUGCUGACUUUUUCGGUUUUGCUGACUCUGAUCUCUAUGAUUCAUUCAUGUUGCCACCUGUCAAUGACACUUUCAUGUUGCUUGACAAUGCCAACAAUGAUAUGAAAGGUUAUGAUACUCUUAUGUCCCCUUCUCUGCCAUCAAGCGCAGUAGCUGGUCAAGACUUGGUGAAGCUUGAAGAAGAUUUUCAAGAUAACUUCUCUGCUGCUGCUCAUUUGUUAGACCCACUCUUCUAA